GUAUGGCCUCAUCAUCGACACCGAAAUACAAUUCAAACUCCUUGGAGAGUUCCUCAAGUAAAAGAACUCUGAAAGAUGGAACUAACUGGGAACAAAAUGAAGAAAUACCUCGUCUGCCAGGAGAGACUCGAGUUACAGACAAGGAUGUUAUUUAUAUGUGUCCAUUUAAUGGCCCCGUUAAAGGAAGAGUGUACAUCACAAACUACAGGCUGUACCUAAGAAGUGUGGAAAAUGAUCCAGUUGUGGUACUGAAUGUUCCUUUGGGUGUAAUUUCAAGGGUUGAAAAAAUGGGAGGAGCUUCAAGCAGAGGAGAGAACUCUUAUGGAUUAGAUAUAACCUGUAAAGAUAUGAGAAAUUUACGGUUCGCCUUAAAACAAGAAGGGCACAGUAGAAGAGAUAUAUUUGAAGUCCUCACAAAAUAUGCUUUUCCCCAGUCACAUAACUUGCUUUUUUUUGCAUUUGCAAAUGAAGAAAAGUUUUCUGAAAAUGGAUGGAUGGUGUACAGUCCAAUGUCCGAAUACAGGAGACAAGGACUGCCUAACGAACGGUGGCGAGUAACUUUUAUUAAUGAACAUUAUGGACUGUGUGACACAUACCCAUCGCUCUUAGUAGUGCCAUAUAAUGCAACAGAUGAUGAUCUCAAGAAAGUCGCUGCCUUUAGGUCCCGAAAUAGAAUCCCGGUUCUGUCAUGGAUUCAUCCAGAGACUCAAGCUGUUGUUAUGCGCUGCAGUCAACCCCUUGUUGGAAUGAGUGGCAAGCGGAACAAAGAUGAUGAAAGAUAUCUUGAUAUUAUCAGGGAGGCUAAUGGGCAAAUUUCAAAGCUGACCAUCUAUGAUGCUAGGCCCAAUGUCAAUGCAGUCGCGAACAAGGCAACUGGGGGAGGAUAUGAAGGUGAAGAUGCAUAUCCCAAUGCAGAACUUUUUUUCUUGGACAUUCAUAAUAUUCAUGUCAUGCGGGAAUCUUUGAAGAAGUUGAAGGACAUUGUUUACCCUAACGUGGAAGAAUCACACUGGUUGUCGAGUCUGGAAUCAACCCAUUGGUUAGAACAUAUAAAGCUUGUCUUGACAGGAGCUAUUCAAGUGGCAGACAAGGUGUCCUCAGGAAGGAGCUCUGUGUUGGUGCACUGCAGCGAUGGCUGGGACCGGACCGCACAGCUGACAUCGCUGGCCAUGUUGAUGCUAGACAGCUACUACAGAACAAUUGAAGGCUUUGAAGUUCUGGUACAAAAAGAGUGGAUAAGCUUUGGACACAAAUUUGCAUCGAGAAUAGGCCACGGUGAUAAAAAUCAUGCUGAUGCAGACAGAUCACCCAUCUUUCUCCAGUUUAUUGAUUGUGUGUGGCAGAUGUCUAAGCAGUUUCCCACAGCCUUUGAAUUCAAUGAGCAGUUCUUGAUUACAAUCCUGGAUCACUUGUACAGUUGCCGGUUUGGUACUUUCUUAUACAACAGUGAGUGGCUUAGAGAAAAAGAGAAAGUGACUGAGAAAACAUUAUCGUUAUGGUCUUUGAUAAACAGUGAAAAGUCUAAAUACACAAAUCCUUUUUAUACUAAAGAGCUAAAUCGGGCACUCUAUCCAGUAGCCAGUAUGCGUCAUCUAGAGCUCUGGGUCAAUUACUACAUCAGGUGGAACCCAAGAAUUCGACAACAACAGCCAAAUCCAGUGGAGCAGCGUUACAUGGAGCUCCUUGCGUUACGUGACGAUUAUAUGAGGAGACUUGAAGAACUACAGAUCACAAAUAAUUCUAAGAUAUCCAAUUCAUCGGCCUCAUCAGCAUCUCCCUCACAAAUGAUGUCCCAAGUACAAACACAUUUUUGAAGAAAAAUGUUGGCUUCUUUCUAUACUGUAAUAGCAAGUGGUGCUUAACAUAGAUCUAUAGCAUAAAGAGGAAUAUUUUAAUGCCUUACAUUAGACUGUCCUAACACAAAUUAUUUUAGACUGUCUUCAUUUGAGGAGGACUUCGAAAGAAACAAAACCAACUCUUCAAUUACGUGCCUUUCAGAACCUGUGGACUGGGAACUUGAUUAAUCAACUUCUAGUUAUGGAGGGCUUUAAGAGUUAUUUUGGAAAGUCUGGUACAACUGAAAUUAAAUCGAUUUAUUGUUUUCAUAAGAAUGCUUUAAUUUAUUACAUUAUAGGUCAUGUUCCUGGAAGGAAAUUCAUGCUCAGUCUUACAUGUCAUGAAUAAACACAUUAAUGGCAAUAGGACUAUUCACAUUGUGUAAAAUUAGGUAUGUGUGUAUUCCUUUUAGGAAUACAUUUGUGGAGUUCAUGAGAUAAAAAUAAAUUCUGUUGUACAA